CUCUCUCUUUCUCUCGCGCGCGCGCGCACGCACGCACGCACACGCACACACGCGCGCGCGCAGCCGCAAGCGAUAGACUCCACGUAAGCACACACGUACGGCCGUGCAGCAGCUGUUCCACGCGCGUGGUCCACGGACACGCGUGUGCGUGCGCUCUCUCGACGGCGGCGAUUGGCGCUCGGCGCCGCGACGGCCGGACGGUGGGGAUAAGGAAAUGCGCACGGGUGGGAUGGGACGGCGGCCACGAUUCCCGCACACGGGGUACCGUGUUGUGAGUGAGUGAAAACCAGUCAGUCAGUCAGUCACUCAGUCAAGCGGCAGAGCGAGCACGCCGCGCGGUGGCUCGCCUUCUGCUCGGCCCUUCGCACUCGGAGGAAAAGCGAGAAGACGCGCGCGCGCGCGCGCGGCGCGGCGAGAUCGAGAGGCUGGUGGUCCUGCGCUGACUCCGGAAAUUCCACUGCCGUGACACUGCCCUUUCGUUUUACUGCCCUGGUGCGCACUUUCCUCGCAUCUCCGCUCGCGUAUCGCGACCGACGUGGUUCAGACGCCGUGUUUCUCGCCCGGUCCGUGCCAAUGAACGUCUCCCGUAUUAUCAGUGCGGUGAUCGAUAGUCGGCGCGGUAGUAGCCCAUUCCACGUGACACGAGUGCAGAGCAGCGGUUCGCGAGGAUGCCCAGCCAAACCACCACGAUCUUGCUCAAGUGUUCCAUGGUGGACGUGCCCGCGCUCAACCACGUGAAGCUCAAGUCUCUCUAUGGAAGUCCUGGAACGUUGCACAAGGAUGUCGGCGGUGCUGGUACGAAGGUCAGCGAGAAGACCAUCGGUGGCGUCGGCACGGCGACCCUCACCACGCUCUCCUCCAUUAAUAACGCGUCCAACACCGGCCGUAAUAAAAACAACCCCCUAUCUCACGAGAAAUUGCCGUCUUUCUUCAACAGCAAGCCGACGCGAGUGGACAAGACGGACAACAACAAUGCGAACAAUUCCAACAGCACGAGCAACAACAUUCACAAUAUGCCGCUGCACGAGCCCAUCAGCGCAACCUCCCCCGAAGUAUACGCCGGGAGACUGCCCAUGACGCCCCAGGAAGCGGUGAAGUAUUACGGCUCCAGACUGACGGAAUUCGAGCGCGCCGAGAUCGAGAAGUACUCGGAGAUCUGGUACCUGGGCCUGUCGGCCCACAAGAUCCACGGCGAGGAAGUCUCCUCCCAGAACGGCGGCUACGACGACGAAAACGGCAGUUACAACAAGGUCCUGCACGACCACAUCUCCUACAGAUACGAGAUCCUGGAGGUGAUCGGCAAGGGAAGCUUCGGCCAGGUGAUACGCGCGCUGGAUCACAAAACGGGACAGCACAUCGCCAUCAAGAUUAUCAGGAACAAGAAGAGGUUCCACCAUCAGGCUCUCAUCGAGGUGAGAAUCCUGGAGCAUCUCAGAAAGAAGGACUUGGAGGCGAACUCUCAGCACAAUGUGAUACACAUGCUAGAAUAUUUUUACUUCAGGAAUCACCUGUGCAUCAGUUUCGAGUUAAUGAGUUUGAACCUGUACGAGCUAAUCAAAAAGAACAAUUAUCAAGGAUUCAGCCUGAGCCUAAUCCGUCGUUUCGCCAACUCGCUAAUUAGUUGCCUGAGACUGCUCUACCGGGAGAACAUAAUUCACUGUGACUUGAAACCGGAAAACGUGUUGCUGAAACAACGGGGGAGCAGCUCGAUCAAAGUCAUCGAUUUCGGCUCGUCGUGUUACAGCCACCAGCGCGUUUACACGUACAUACAGUCGAGGUUCUACAGGAGUCCGGAAGUGAUCCUCGGUCUUCCCUACGGCACGCCGAUCGAUAUGUGGAGCCUGGGCUGUAUCUUAGCCGAGCUGUACACGGGGUAUCCGCUGUUUCCGGGCGAGGACGAGAUAGAGCAACUCGCCUGCAUUAUGGAAGUCCUCGGUCUGCCGCCAGAGCACAUUAUCAAUCACGCCACUCGUCGCAGGCUCUUCUUCGAUCCGAAGGGAAGUCCGCGAUGCGUGACAAACAGCAAGGGCAAGAAGAGGUGGGCAGGUAGCAAGAACCUCUCCCUGGCACUUCGGUGCACCGACAUGCUCUUUGUAAACUUCGUUAGCAGAUGCCUCGAGUGGGAUCCAAAGAAACGUAUGACCCCUGACGAGGCGAUGCGUCACGAGUGGCUGACUUCGUCGUCGUCUUCGCACGUGAGCUCCUCCUCGUCGGCGAUUGCCUCGUCGACGGUGAACGCGAGCGUGAAUACGACGACGACGAGCGUCGAGUCGACGCCGCGGGAGUCCGCGCACGCCCCGCAGACGGUGAGCGUGACUGUGAGCGCGCCACGGCAGCGGGCGACGACGAUGGAGGACCCGCCGUACACGAUGUACCGGCUGUACAAGGGUCGCAAGUACGUGCAGAAGGUCUCGGCGGGCACCGACGUCACCGACAACGGCGGCGGCCUGAUGGUGAAGAGCAAGCUGAACGGCAGCGCGAGCAGUCACGCCCUGGCGAGCAGCACGCAGACGGCGACGUCGAGGCACGCGUCGACCGGCGACAUCGUUGCGAGCCUAGACCCGAAUCUCGACGACUCAGGCACGUUCUUGCCGCCGAUAUUGUGAAGUCGGGUUUGCGCCAGCCACUUCUAAACGCGCUACUUCGCGUACCGACGCGAUCAACGGGCUCGCUCUCCUCGCACCGCCGCGAGAUGUGCACAGAUGUGUAUCAAGCGACGUACAUCGGCGGAGAGCGGGUUGCAAUCGAACAGUAGGCGCGUGUAGAACUGGCUGGCCGGUCCGACGUUACCGUUUCUCGAUGCCAAACGGCUAGUUAAGCGCAGAGUCGCUAGUCUCGGCACGUAUCGAGCUAUGAGGCCAAAACGACGAUCUGACGACGGGAGAAGAGCGCGCAGGCACGACGAGCAAUAUAUAGCGAUCGUGUUGAUCGAUUCGCGCGCUCCCGAGGACUCUGGCGAUCCAAUGUCACUCAGGUAAUCGUAGCGAACUCGCGCGCGCGCGCAUUAUCGUAGUUAUUCUCGGGACACGUAGACUUGCUGCCUAAGAUGAGGAUACUAGCAUCGUUAGUGUAUACCGAUCAUCGACAUGGACCAUCGUAGCCUACCUGGUUCGAAUGUUAAUCUCGCGCCUAUGCGAAACUCACAGAUAUUAGCAGGUGACGAAAUCUUGUAGAUGUUAAAGAAACAAUUACAAUUGAAAGUUUGUACAGAAUGCGUAGUUUGCCUUUUACUGUCGACGAGCCGCGAGGGACGAUUCGUCGCCAGGCUGCGUUUUCGACGGUGAAAAAAAAAAGAAGCUCGCGCGAGUGAACGCAAUCGGAAAGUAAUAUGCCGUAUAGCAGCGUCAUACUUUAGAUAACUACGCGAGUGCAAGCGGCGCGAUACGACACGCGUAUCGUGGCAACGACGUGCGAUAGAGAAGCGAAAGAGCUCCGAGGCACAUUUUUAUGGCCAAACAACGAUUCGUCCCCGGGCGUUUUGCAGCGCAACGUCUCCGGGGCUCACCAUCGAAUUACGGUCGCGCCGAGAAGACCUGAGUCGUUCGAGACCUGUGUCGCCAACACAGGGUCGCGCGAUUAAUAACGAAGCAUCGAGGCGAGAAGAGUAACAUUAAUACGUGAAGCGUGCCCCAGUUUAACGAGGCCUGAGUAGUCUUAUUGUGAUAUUAAACUACCACUGUCUUACUUAGAUCUCUCUGAUAUUAAGAAGUAACGAUCGCUAAUAUAAUAAUUUCAAUUUACUAUUAAUCAUUAUUUUCUUAUUAUCUGUAAUAAUCGCUAUAUCGCUACUACUACCGCCAAGAUAUAGCGGCAUACAAGUAACGAGGAUUAUCAUCGAUAUAACGACAGAGUUAACACUACUUAUAUACGUAGGCGUGUACAGAUUUUAAUUACGCGUUUUCAAAGUCCCGGAGCAGCAGCAGCAGCAUGCUAGUUCGCUUACUACCGAUGCGCUAAAAAAAAGAAAGAAGAAACAGUCCGAUCAUUUUUGGCGACUUUUAGUGAAUUUUCAGUGACCCCCUAUUGCGCCGCUACACCGCUCUUCUGUUGUUAUUAAUCGUCCACGCGACGUAACGCAUGCUUUAUUACGUCGAAAUUAAUUAAUGUUGAUUAACGCCCCAUGAGAUUCCUCUCCGCCUUCGCAGCGCUACCUACUUACGACGUUGCUCGUAGUUUCCUGGCAUUAAUUAGCGAUUUAUAAUUUGACGCGCCCGUACCGAACUGUCACGAGCAUUUCGCGAUAUGCAGAGGAUUUGACAAAGAAAAGAAACAAAACCUAUUGUAUAGUAUUAUAAUGUUAGGCUACUUUUAGACUUGGUAAUUGUUCGAUGUGCCCGUACCCAUUCUAAAGUUUCGUAAGACACAAGCUCGUAAUAAUUACAUCGUUGUGACGUUAGAAACGUGAGAUGCGUCACGCUCCACCGUUUGCCGCUUACGAGCUUCCAUCGCGGAAACGUUUUCUUCCGUUUUCUUUUUCGCAUGCUUCUCUACAAUUCCUAAAGGUCCUACCGUACGAAAUCGCGAAGGCCCUAAAAAUUGUAAUACGUAUCUCAUUGCCGCGCCCGAAAAUUGGAGCACGGUACACGAGUGUCGGCACUCCGCAAAUUACGAUCGCGUUACAAGAGACUGAAAUGAAUUCAUUGUUUUAUAUCGGAAACACGGCGAAAUUGUUCCUAACAAUUCGUUCCGCAAAAUCGACGUGUCCUCACUUUUAUUACUUUUUUUUUUUUAAGCGAACUCAUUCAGUUCCUUCGUCAAGUGUGUUGUUUGAUUCGCGGACAGUUAUCAAACGCCUCACGAUGAUAACUGAAACGAAUAUAAUAAAACUGGACUCGUUGUCUCACGCAAAACGGUCCCACUUUAGGCCCCGAGAACUUUUAGAACAAUUAAUGUCGUACCAAGUACCGCGUAGUGGUAUCGCGCGACAUAAUCGGUGAAUCGGCCAACAAACGCGAGCGGAGGUAAAUAAUAUUAUACUAUUAAGAAUUACAUAUAUAAAUAUAUUAUUCGUAUGCGGCGAAUAUGCCCGAACGAACGACUGAUGAAGUAGCGCAUAUUAUAUAUGAUUCUCACGACUUGUGGCGGGUUCGUAGCAGUCGCUCUCGAGUAAUCGCGUAGCGACGAUCAUCGCGAAAUUUCGGGUAGACAUUUCGUUCGAUUACCCCAAACGAACAAAAAGGAAAACAAAAGACGGGAAAGAGAGAGAGAAGGAAAAUCGGACGAGAGUAACGUCUAGGAGGCGACGAUUUCUAGGGAACGAGGUAUAUCAAAUUGUGUAUAAAAUAAAGACGCGACUGUGUGUGCGUGCAUGCGUGCCUGCGAGGGAGACUCGUCUCGGGGAGAGAAAGAGAGAGUGAAAAGGGGAGAGUGUGGCGUAUGGUUAUGCACACAUAUAUCUAUUAUAUAAAUAAAUAAAAAAAUAUAUAAUAUACCAUUAUACAUGUGAGGCGCGGGAACGCGCAAGGGCAAAACGAGUUAAGGUCUAGGAUACGAUAGAGGACAAUUAGAAGGGCGUUCGCGAGGAGCACGCAGGGCGUCCGUCUACGAAGUCCCCGCCCCGCCCCUUGAAGAGAUAAAGGCAAAACACCGUUCAAUUGUACAGUCUUAAGUUUUUAGUUGUGUUCACUACUGUAUACAAGCGGGAUCAAAUUAUAGUAUCUGUAUAAACGGGACGGUUGUAUUAUCCGCGUGAUGUGCGUCAUCACUUGUUAUACAGAGAAUCAACACGCGCACACUCGGCACCCGCGUGUGUCGCGCCUAAAGAAACAUACGGGAGGCAUGUUCGUAUAGCGAAAAGCGUACGCCAGCUAUAUCGGUUUGGUCGGCGUCGAUCGUACUCGCCUCCAAGUCCAGGUCUUCUGGAAGGGACCGAGCGGGAUCGCUCGGGGCUGCGGGCUAAGAUCGACGUAAACCGGGAUUGAGGCGGGAAAAAGAGAAAGUGACAAACGAGACAGGGCCUGUACUAUUUCGAUACCAUCCGAGGAACAGCGAAAAUCCAUGUCCUUCGACUGAAAGCUAACUAGACUUCGCGCACCUGGUCGAUUCGUCGUUCGCGAAUGAAUAGUCGCUGCGAUUUUUUCCCAUACGGCGCGGACGGAAAAGGGAGACAGUCGCUUCUUCUAGUCCAGGAUGUAACGAACGUACACACACAUCUCACUCGAACACGUUAGAGAGAGAGAGGGAGAGAGGGAGGAAACGUUCCCUCGGGCUUCGGCGAAGAAAUGCUGCGCGCAUAAAAUAUCCGCUAGAUCAGUGUACAACUAAUCGACGAGUUUCAACGACGCGAUUAGGCACCAUCGAAUUAAAUUAAGUACAAUCCGUGCGACCCUCCUCCCCUUUCCCGCGACGGAUAACGCGUCCGACGAAGAGGACCCCGCGGGGCGUUUAUCGCGACGGCCGGGCCUCGUAGAUCAUCCUAGUAGGACAAUCAUAGCGUUGCGCGUUUGUGUUGGACGCGCUAGUAAAUUUUCAUUAGAUGAUAGAGACAAGGCGAGUGCGACAAGGGAGUAUCUCUCGUUCGAGAAGCUCGCUGGGGCGUGAAACGAUCCCGUGGGCGCGCAUCGCGACGGAGGAUCGUUUUAGAUAAUUAAGCGACGGCCGCGCGCGCGCUUCGCUCUUCAAGGUCCGCGAUAGAGAGAGAUAUAUCUCGAGUCUAAAAGUGAGAAUCUCGAGAGCACGGGGAGGAGUGGAGGAAGAACGAUUCCGAUAAAAAAAAAAACGUAUGGGAGCGAGGGUUUAUAGAGUGAUUUGUAAUCUGGCGUUCAAUUGCGGAUGUCUUGUUAUAAACAUGUAAAUGCGAGUUCGUCAAUUUCUGCCCAGCGAACGAGAGAAUUGCUAAAUAAUAAAAUGAUUAUAAUGACAUUAGUAUAUAUAUAUAUACGCUAUAUAUAUACUAAUACGAUACUGAAGCAUCAUCACCUUUUGUAUCAUUUGUUCGUUUGUUUUUAUCUUACUGCGUUUGUCUUUCAUUAUUAAUGCAAUACCAAGAUGACUCGGUUUCGACUCGGUAUCUUGUGUGUAAAUAUAUAACUAAUAAAAAAAAUAUGUAUACAAAUGCA